GCAUCUCUCUGCAGCCUUGCCUAUGUCUUCACUUAGCUCAUUUUACUUUUUACUGCAGCCUCUCUGAGAUGGGGUUAGUGCUGCUAUCAUUUAAAGGCAGCAAGAUAUCUUCAAGAAAAACAACUCUGAAAUCCAUCCAUCCUAUUGACGUCAGUUGCUUAGGAAAGGAGUGAAUACAGAAAACUUCUUAGAGAGUCAGCUACGUGGUUUUUUUUUUUUUUUAAUCUUUUUUAGAUUUCCAAGUAAAAACAAUUACUGGAAAGCCUGGGGUUAUUACUGAUUAUAAAACAGUGAUUUCCCCCCUCCUGUGUCUUUUUUUUUAAACUUCAAGUAGUGUGAACUUUGAUUUAUAUAGCUCUUUAAGAAUUUUACAAUGUCAACUGUGAAGUUUGAAAUGGAUUAUCUUUCUCCUGAAGGCUUCAGACAUGAGCAUGCUUCCAGCCCAGAUUUUACUUUAACCUGUUUGACCGAACUCUCUGAUGAUUCUAGUCAAUUUGGAUUUCAGCACUCGAAUUCUGUCCCUGAUGGUAUGAAUAUAAGCAAGAGUGAGAUAGCAAAAGAAACUUCACUAAAACCAUCUCGGAGAUCCCUGCCUUGCCUCGCGCAGAGCUAUGCUUACUCCAAGAGUCUAAGCCAGUCUACCUCACUCUUCCAGUCAAUUGAGAGUGAAUCUCAGGCUCCCACAUCUGUAACCUCAAUCUCUGCUGACAAAGCAGAGCAAGUUAACCCUGAGGAGAGAAAAGAGUCUGUGCUCAAAUGUUCUUUUGCUGAUCUCAGUGAUUUUUGCUUGGCCCUAGGAAAAGAUAAGGAUUACAUGGAUGAAUCAGAACAUGCUAAUUAUGACCGAUCUCGCCUCAUUAAAGACUUUGUUCCCAAAAAUAAUUCUGAAUCCAAGACAAGAUUGCCUAAGAAUGACAUGAAUUACAUAGCAUCCAGUGGACUUCUCUUCAAAGAUGGCAAAAAGCGGAUUGAUUACAUCUUGGUUUAUAGAAAGUCAAAUAUACAAUAUGACAAAAGAAACACAUUUGAAAAGAACCUCAGAGCAGAAGGCCUGAUGUUGGAAAAGGAGCCAGCUGUUGCAAACCCUGACAUCAUGUUUAUUAAAAUUCACAUUCCAUGGGACACGCUGUGCAAGUAUGCAGAGAGGCUGAAUAUCAGGAUGCCUUUCAGGAAAAAAUGCUAUUACACUGACCGGAGGAGCAAAUCAAUGGGCAGGGUGCAAAAAUAUUUUAGAAGAAUCAAAAAAUGGAUGUCCCAAAACCCAAUGGUUCUUGACAAGUCAGCUUUCCCAGACCUGGAGGAGUCAGACUGCUAUACCGGCCCCUUCAGCCGGGCACGGAUUCACCACUUCAUAAUAAACAAUAAGGACACCUUCUUCAGCAAUGCUACUCGAAGCAGGAUAGUCUAUCAUAUGCUACAGCACACCAAAUAUGAAAAUGGAAUAUCAAAAGUGGGUAUCUGUAAACUUAUAAACAAUGGCUCAUAUAUAGCAGCUUUUCCCCCACAUGAGGGAGCUUACAAAAGCAGCCAGCCCAUCAAAACCCAUGGACCUCAGAAUAACAGACAUCUGUUAUAUGAGCGCUGGGCACGCUGGGGAAUGUGGUACAAGCAUCAACCCCUGGAUUUAAUCAGGCUAUACUUUGGUGAGAAGAUUGGUCUGUAUUUUGCUUGGCUUGGGUGGUAUACUGGAAUGCUGAUUCCUGCAGCCAUUGUUGGUUUGUGUGUUUUCUUCUAUGGAAUAUUCACAAUGAAUGCAAGUCAAGUAAGCCAAGAAAUUUGCAAGGCCACUGAAGUCUUCAUGUGCCCUCUCUGUGACAAGAACUGCUCACUGCAGAGACUCAAUGAAAGCUGUAUCUAUGCCAAGGUGACAUAUCUGUUUGACAAUGGAGGGACAGUCUUCUUUGCUAUUUUUAUGGCAAUAUGGGCCACGGUCUUCCUGGAGUUUUGGAAAAGGAGAAGAAGUACACUGACCUAUACUUGGGACCUUAUUGAAUGGGAAGAAGAAGAGGAAACACUUCGUCCCCAGUUUGAAGCAAAGUAUUACAAGAUGGAGAGAGUGAAUCCCAUCAGUGGAAAACCCGAACCACAUCAGCCUUCCUCAGACAAAGUCACUCGUCUUCUUGUUUCUAUCUCAGGAAUAUUCUUCAUGAUUUCUUUGGUGAUCACUGCAGUGUUCGCAGUUGUGGUAUAUCGCCUGGUUGUCAUGGAACAGUUUGCAUCAUUCAAGUGGAAUUUUAUCAAACAACACUGGCAGUUUGCAACCUCAGCUGCUGCAGUCUGUAUCAAUUUUGUAAUCAUUAUGGCACUGAAUCUUGCUUAUGAAAAAAUUGCUUAUCUUCUCACUAAUUUAGAAUAUCCUCGAACAGAAUCUGAAUGGGAAAACAGCUUUGCUCUGAAGAUGUUCCUCUUCCAAUUUGUCAAUUUAAACAGUUCUAUCUUUUAUAUUGCUUUCUUUUUGGGCAGAUUUGUAGGCCACCCAGGAAAAUACAAUAAACUUUUUAACCGAUGGAGACUGGAGGAAUGUCAUCCUAGUGGCUGUUUGAUAGACCUCUGUCUCCAGAUGGGAGUUAUCAUGUUUUUGAAGCAAAUAUGGAACAAUUUCAUGGAACUGGGAUACCCGUUGAUCCAGAACUGGUGGUCACGACAUAAAAUCAAACGGGGAAUACAAGAUGCUUCAAUACCUCAGUGGGAAAAUGAUUGGAAUCUGCAGCCCAUGAAUAUUCACGGACUCAUGGAUGAGUACUUAGAAAUGGUUUUGCAGUUUGGUUUUACCACCAUCUUUGUGGCGGCUUUUCCUCUGGCCCCUCUUUUGGCUCUGUUAAACAAUAUCAUUGAAAUCAGGCUGGAUGCAUACAAAUUUGUUACCCAGUGGCGGAGGCCUUUGCCAGCCAGAGCAACUGACAUAGGUAUCUGGUAUGGAAUUCUUGAAGGAAUUGGUAUAUUGGCCGUGAUCACCAAUGCGUUUGUAAUUGCUAUUACAUCUGAUUACAUUCCACGUUUUGUCUAUGAAUACAAAUAUGGCCCUUGUGCAAAUCAUUUUGAAUAUCGUGAAAGUUGUUUAACAGGAUAUGUCAACAAUAGCCUAUCCUUCUUUGACCUGAGUGAGCUUGGUGUGGGAAAAUCUGGUUAUUGCAGGUACCGAGACUACAGAGGCCCUCCUUGGAGUUCCAAACCCUAUGAGUUCACCCUCCAGUACUGGCAUAUCCUCGCUGCUAGACUGGCCUUCAUCAUCGUGUUUGAGCACCUUGUUUUUGGGAUCAAGUCAUUCAUCGCAUACCUGAUUCCAGAUGUACCAAAGAACCUAUAUGACCGAAUACGACGGGAGAAGUACUUAGUCCAGGAAAUGAUGUAUGAGGCUGAACUAGAACAUUUGCAACAACAGCGGAGAAAAAGUGGUCACCCUGUUCACCAUGAAUGGCCUUAGUGGAUACUUGUUGCCCAGCAGGGGCUAUACCAUUAGUGGGAAUGAUGACAACUUCCGAUUCUAGGUGGGAUCUAAGAGGAAGGCAUACCUGGCAAACCAUAUAGAUAAUAUGUUACUUGGACAUGCAUCACAGCAGUCUCUGGGAUUUGAAAUAUCCAGGUUUCUAGGGAAGAACAAAAAAAUAACUCAUGACCUUAAAAAUGGUUAGACUGACAUUGCAGGAAGCCAGGAUCUAAUUCUCAGAACCAGCCUCAGGGAGUUGUGUGUUUGGAAACCUCCACCUUCUGUCAGCUGCAAUGUAAUAAGAAGGGUGAUGGUGAGGUUUCUAGACACAGAUUUCCAUGUAAAUGUGCACAAGCCAGGCAUGACUGAAAGUAUCAUGGGGUCCCCACUCACAUAGUAAUCUGACUUUGGAACCUUAGGUCAAGUUGCGAUACUUAACAAGAAAUGACAAAUCAAUGAUUGCCUUUGCUGCCAGAACUCCAUGUCCCUUCAGCUUACUGUUUUAUAGGAAUCUCACAUGUUUCUUGCUGAGAAUUUGGAUCUGUGCCACAGGGAAUUUAUGCUGCUUUACACUGACUAUGCAGUUGAAGAGUUGCACAUCACCUUUAGUCAUCAAACCAAAAAUCUAAGACUCUAAGGGGUAUCAUUCAUUGAAAUAAUAUUCUAUUACAUUGUCUGCAUUCCAAUCUGUUUUAUCACUGGCAGGAUCAGUUUCACUGCCUUUUAUUAAACUAAAUGCUAAAGAGCCACAUACUUAUAAAAUAUGGAUGUUUAUUCUCAUGUCAUUUAGAACGUGACGAAUCUGUAUUUUACUGUGAAAGCCUGUUUUUAGUACAUUUAAUUUCCACCUCCCUGAUUUAUUACAACUCUCACAGAAUAACUUGAAAUGCUGUAAAUAUGUUGGUUUUCCUUGUACCUUUGCACUUUGACAAUAUGGAAUGCAAGUUACAAUUCAUGCAGCUCUGAGACCAGUUACAAGUAUGCCAUUGUGGCUUGUUUAUUCAGGAAAACAGAAGCCAGAUGCUUUGCAACACUGAUGCUUUUCCAAUGAUGUGCACUCUUGCUCAUGAGCUGAUGAAAACAAUGCAUGAAUAUCAAUUUAUAUCAUUUGUUAAAAUACACAUUUUUUUGAGUUUUACUUUCUUUUUGUCACUGAAGGGAUACUUCUGUUAUUAUUUCUUUGGUGGAUUGAUUUGGUUUAUUUUUGAAAAUUCCCUAGAACCGAAGUCAAAUUAAUUGUGAAAGACACCAUUUUUGCUUUGUUACACAGUUGCUAUUUCUCUGUGAACUCUGUUUGACUGAUCACAGACUUAGGGGAAUGAUAGAACAUUCAACUAAAGAAAGUCUGGUGGAGGCAUAAAUUGUGGGGCAGGAUGGGAAAAAAGAGAAGAGUUGAAAUAAGAAAAUAUAGGGUAGAAAUCAAGACACUUUUUCUUGCAAAACAAUCAAAGCUAAUCUCAGUUUUCUUCCCCUGGGAAUGGGAUGGGGAAUACGUAAGUGUACAUUUAUACAAAUAUGUGAUUAUUAUUUGUGCAGUAAAGCAAAGUACAAUUAUUUCCACAACAUAUAAAGACCAGAUUAGACCAAAUGGAAAUAAAACUAGUUUUUUCUAUGCAAGGAUUUUUCUAGCAAGAAAAUUAAAAAGUUUCUCUUAACUAGAAAACUAUUUUUAUAAUUCUAACACUGAAAAUACUUUUUUGACUCUUGCUUCUUUCCCUCCAGGGAAAAGCUGAUUGAUUGAUUGGUUGGUUGGUUGCUUAGUUUUUGUCAAAAAUAUUUACUUCCCUACUUGUCCCCUGAUUCUGAGCAAGGGAAAGGACCUCAGACACUGAAUUUCCUUGACAUGCCUUUGCCACAAGGGAUUCUGCCACUCAGAUUACCCAGAGGUUCUGUUUCCACCACCUGCUCAUUCAUAGCAACUAAUUACACGAACUCUGAACUCUGCAAAAGAGCUUUAAAUGCCUCCAUUUUGGUAACACCUGCAUUUCCUUUUCUUUGUUGGUUAAAUGUAUACACAUGCCUGAGAAUAAAUACUUUCUAUGCCUGUUGAAGACUCAAAUGAACCUGACAUUUAUGUCCUUUCUAAAUUAGGGACAGAAGACAAAAGCAUUCGUCUUAUAGUAAAGAAUGAUGAUAGCUGUGUCCUUGAGAAUUCUUCUGAGUUAUUUUUAUAUAACCAUAUAAAAUCAUAUUGAUUACCUAAAGAGAAAAAUAUGAGAAUAGAAAGGAGUUUUUAAUUAAAAAAAACAUAAUACAUCGAUUUAGAAAAUGCCUUUUCUGAUAUUUUUUGAAGCUGAUGGAAAACUAGAGAAACAAUGAAAAAGUUAUCUGAAAUUCUCCUUUCGUGUAACAAUGCCAUAGAAUCUAGCUAUGCCUUCAUCAUUGUUGAUGGUAAAAUACUGACAGCCCCUCACAAUAUAUCAGUUUUAGAUGACUCUGAUUUAGUUAAGAGAAAUGUUUUAUAUCAUGGUUUUCUUAUGAAUACAAAUUAUUUCUCAAAGAUUUAUAUAGCACACACUAUUCUCAGGAAUUCUGUAUUACAUGAAUGCUGCUUAUAUAUUUUCAUAUUCUAAACUGUUGUCUUUUCAAGCAAGUAACUAAUAUAUAUGUGCAUGAAGUCAGCGUUGACGAGUUGCUCAAAGCUGAAGCAUUUUUAUUGUACAGUGUGUGGAAAAUCACUCUAGAUUACAGCUGAAAUAGUUCGCAGUUGUCUGAGUCUGUGCUCGCACUUUGAAAUAAAAUGCUGAGUGACUGCAUGAUGAGACACAACUUCCAAAUGCUGCACAUCCUUCCAAAAGGACUCGUCGCACAAUCUAUUGUAGAAUGCAAUGAAAAGAAAUCUUUUUCACUCAAUAAACAAUCGUGUGAUGUGGCA